AUGUACAGUCAAGACCGACGUCAGAGGCGGACGAUGGAGAGGAAUUUUCGGCGAGUGGGUUUUGCCCAGGGUUCCCACCGGGCAGUGACCGAUACAGUAUUCAGGGACCAGGUGGUAUACAGCGAGGGUCGAAAGGGUCUCGAAAGUGUGCUCAGGCAAAAGAAGAGUAGCCCUGAUCUCAUGGAGGUCGCGGAGUGGGACCAGACACGUCGAAAAAAAGUACAUACUUGGCUAGCCAUAUUAGCAAUUGCUGGCCAGAAUCAAAUGGCAGCUCUGACGCCUGAUGAACCCAUCGGUUAG